AUGGCUUUGCUUCAGUACAAGAGCAUUGUCGACUAUGAGGCGCAGCAGCGUGCCUUUGAGGAGUUCCUCCAGGGAUUCAAGACGUCCCCAGAACAGUCCAUAGCCCACGCCAUUGGGCAGAUCAGCAUCGACGAGGAGGACCUUAGCGAUGACGACUACGACUUCCUCGAUGAGACCGAAGGGUCGCGAAGCCGCCGGCGCACCAACAAUGUCUCUAAAGAGCCAACAUACAAAUAUGCCGACAUGCUGCAGAAGCUGGCUGACCGCACACUCGAUGAGGUGCUCAUAGAAUUGGAUGAUGUCGCUUCGUUUGAGGCGGAUCAGGAAGGAGCCCUGAAGCUAGUGGAAUCGAUCGAGAACAACACCAAGCACUAUGUCGAAGUCGUUUCCAGGGCUAUCGACAGCAAGAUCCCCCCUCCGGCUGCAGGCGUAACCUUUAAGGACGAUGUUCUCGAUGUCAUUAUGGAGCGCAGGCAAGCACGGAACCGUGAUCUCGCAGAUAUCGCUGCCAGCACAAACAACCCCGAGCUCCUCGAGUCAACGUUCCCGGCGCAACUCACACGACGGUACACACUCGUCUUCAAGCCAAGAACCUCGACUGCCGAUCAUCCAGUCAAGGCCUUGGCUGUGCGCGAGGUACGAGGCGAGCACCUUGGUCACCUGAUCACAAUCCGCGGUAUCGCUACCCGCGUAUCGGAUGUCAAGCCUGUCGUGCAAGUCGGAGCGUAUACUUGCGAUCGCUGUGGUUGCGAGAUCUUCCAACCCGUGAAUGACAAGCACUACACACCGCUCACCGUCUGUCCGUCCCAAGAGUGCCAAGCCAAUCAGGCCAAGGGCCAGCUCUUCCAGUCUUCACGAGCGUCCAAGUUUCUGCCAUUCCAGGAAGUCAAGGUCCAAGAAAUGGCCGAGCAAGUGCCCAUUGGCCAGAUUCCACGCACUUUGACUGUCAUGUGCUACGGCAGCGCAGUGCGUCAGAUCAACCCGGGCGAUGUCGUUGACAUCUCUGGCAUCUUCCUCCCAACGCCAUAUACUGGUUUCCAGGCAAUGCGCGCAGGCCUCUUGACCGAUACAUACGUCGAGGCGCACCACAUUGUUCAGCACAAGAAGGCGUACAGCGAAAUGUUCAUUGAUGAGAAGCUUAUGAGGCGCAUCAGUACAUUCAGCCAGUCUGGUGCUGUCUACGAGAUGCUUGCCAAGUCCAUUGCGCCCGAGAUCUUUGGCCACCUCGACGUAAAGAAGGCACUUCUCCUGCUUCUCGUUGGUGGUGUCACAAAGACGAUGGGAGACGGCAUGCGGAUCCGUGGCGACAUCAACAUCCUGCUGAUGGGCGACCCCGGUGUGGCAAAGUCGCAACUGAUGAAGUACAUUUCCAAGGUCGCCCCUAGGGGUGUGUACACGUCUGGUCGUGGAUCCAGUGGUGUCGGUCUGACUGCCGCAGUCAUGCGCGAUCCCGUCACGGACGAGAUGGUGCUCGAAGGAGGUGCCCUGGUCUUGGCUGACAACGGCAUCUGCUGUAUCGACGAGUUUGACAAGAUGGACGAGAACGAUCGCACAGCGAUUCACGAGGUCAUGGAGCAACAGACGAUCUCCAUUUCCAAGGCCGGCAUUUCGACCACACUGAACGCGCGGACAUCAAUUCUGGCGGCUGCUAACCCUAUUUAUGGCCGUUACAACCCUCGCAUCUCCCCUGUGGAGAACAUCAACCUACCUGCUGCCCUGCUAUCGCGUUUCGAUGUCCUCUUCCUCCUGCUGGACACGCCUACGCGCGACAGUGAUGCACAGCUUGCGAAGCACGUAGCCUAUGUGCACAUGCACAGCAAGCACCCUGACCUCUAUGCAGACAACGGCAACGGCGAGAAUGGCGCAUCACCGAACGUUGUCUUCACCCCACACGAGGUCCGCGCCUACGUUGCACAGGCCAGGACAUACCGCCCAACUGUCCCGGAGUCUGUGACGGAAUACCUGACCAAAACCUACGUGCGCCUGCGUGAGUCGCAACGUCGUGCUGAGAAGAAGAAUCAACAGUUUACCCACACCACACCCAGAACCCUCUUGGGUGUCGUCCGUCUUGCCCAGGCGCUUGCUCGUCUGCGGUUCGCCAGCGAAGUCAGCCAGGAUGAUGUGGACGAAGCAUUGCGCCUGAUCGAAGCCAGCAAGGACAGCCUCGCGGCCCACGAAGGUACUGGUGGCAGGCGUACUCAGAACGCCCAAAGCCGUAUUUACAACCUCGUCAAGACGCUUGCCGACAGCGGAGCGUGCAGGCCUGACGACGAGGACGAGGAUGAGGAUGGGACCGUGGAACUUAGCAUGCGCAAGGUGCGCGAGCGUGUCUUGGCAAAGGGUUUCACGGAAGACCAAUGGCUCAGCACGCUGGACGAGUAUACUAGCCUGGAUGUUUGGCAAACUGCUGGCAAUGGCAGCCGCCUGGUGUUUGUCACAUCCAACGACGAUGCGAAUGACGACGACAUGGAAUGA